CUCUAUGUAUGUAACGUAACUAGCCGGAGCCACCUGGUUACGGCACGCACCCCACACAAACCUCGGUAGACCCUGACAACGCACACACGACCCAACGAACGGCCGAACCGACCGAACCUCGCUCGCGGCCGGCCGAGCAACCACCUCCACAAUGCCUCACUCAACCCACGCUCUCUUCCAGCCCGGCUCUCCUCCAUCCCCCUCCUUCACCAUCCAUAGCCCCCUCACGCCAUAGCACCUCAUGUCGCUCCUCCCCUCCACCGUGCUCGCCACGCUCUCCUCGCAAGCCCGCAGCGGCGUCUGCGCGUUCUGCGAAAUCUCUACAUCAUACCCCUCGUUCCCGCCGAGCACUCCAGCACCCGCCCCUCCACCCACACCACCGGCGCAACAGCAGCAGUCACACAUCGUCCUCUCGACGCCAGACGUAAUCGCGUUCCUGGACAUCUUGCCGCUGACGCGCGCGCACGUGCUGGUGUGCCCGCGCGCCCACCGCGAAAAGCUCUCGGACCUCUCGCCCGCCGAGAACGCGGUCGUAGGUGCGUGGUUGCCUGUCGUGGCGAGAGCGGCUUGUAACGUCUCUGGAUACGCGGAUUUUAAUCUCGUGCAGAAUAAUGGUGUCAACGCCGCGCAAGUAGUCCCGCACGUGCACUACCACAUCAUCCCGCGGCCCGACGAGCGGCAGCGCGAGAAGCUGGAGCGCGACACGCCGGGGGCGAAGAAGCAGUGGUGGAAGAGCCCGUUUGGCUCUGGGUGGAGGACAGAUCUGGACGAUGACGAGGGCGAGGCACUCGCCAAGCUCAUGCGCGAGGAGAUCAUUAAGGAGGUCGGACAGAUGCGCGAUAAGGACUCGAGGGUGCUUGCGCUGCUGUAGCUACUGGUGGGGGGAGUGUAAUGCUGUCUGUGACUCGGGUGGAUACCGGUAUAAUUAUUGCGUAAUGGAUUACAUAGAAGUCCGAGAGAGACGUAUGAUGCUACUUGUGUAAUUCACAUAGGAAAUCCGAAAUACAUGAGAAACCACUCGCCCAUCCCCAUCGUCAUGCAACCCCUCCCCCAAAU